AUGGCCCGCAAUGACAGGGUGGUCAGCCCGAUUUACAAGCCGGAUGAGGUGCGGGUUUACAAGUUAAUCGAGUGCAUUUCCUUCAUAUUCCUCAGCUUCUACGUCGGGUUGUAUGUGAAAUUGCUGUGUAGGAGAAAGUUUUGCCACGUGAAUUUACUGGUGCUACUAUGCGCGCAGCCAAUCGCCCAUCUGCUGUCGAUGUCAAUGCGUAUCAUCAAGCACGGAUGCGUCGAGUGGGUAGUCUCGACGAGCUUCCAAAUCGUGGUCGGCAUCUCGGUGGAGCGCAUCAUCGCCAUGACGUACAUCAACGAAUACGAGACCAAAUACAAGAAGCCCUUCCUCGCCUGGGCCAUCAUUCUAAUUUGCUUCACCUGGUCGUCCGGGUUACUGUACCUGUGGAAUUUGGAUAUUGUCACCAAUGGCAUGGCCUAUCCCCUACAGUACGCAUUUUUCGGAUCCGCCGCGUUGGGCUUCAUCGUGCUACGGAUCGUCAGCUGGUACGCCUAUAAGCGGGUGGCCGAUCAGCGGUACUCCAGCAUCGAAGAUCGAUAUCUAACCGCACAAAACCUGAAAGCCGCAAUCCUGCUGUGCUACCUGGCGCCGUACAAGUCGUUGUGCAACGUGCUGUCGCUGUUCGUCUACAACUGGAUCUUCGAGCAGCACACCCCCGAGUAUUUCCCCUACUACGGCGCCUUCUAUUUUAUGGGCAACCAUUUGCAGCAAAUGCAAGACAUGUGGCAAUCCGUCGUUCCCGCCAAGGAGCCGCCGAAGCCACGCAACGAGAAGCGCAAACGAUACGCUACCGUGGAGCCACAUAAGGAAGUA